UAUAAUCUUAAUUUUAGCAAAUUUAUGGAAGAAAUGGAGCUGGGUCACCAGCAAGUCCGCGAGCAACUGCAAACAGGGUUUAAUCCUACAAUGAGAAGUGAAGCCAAAAGGUUAAAAACUUUCUCCUCCAUAUCUGAAUCAACUUGGGCGCCCACAGAAAUGGCUGCAGCUGGCUUCUAUUACAACAAUGUGAAGUCUGCAGUACAAUGUUUUUGCUGUGGAUUAGUUUUGCUUACAAGAAGUUUGAAAACGUCACCUUUUGACAAACAUAAAAAUCUACGGUCCAGUUGCGAAUUUAUUUUAGGCAAAGAGGUUGGUAAUAUCUCUAAAUAUGACAUUCGAGUACGGAAUCCAGAGAACAAUUCUCUAGAAGUAAAAAAUAAAUACAAAGAAAUGGAGUCAAGACUUGAAUCCUUCACCAACUGGCCAUUUUAUUGCAAAGACAUACAGCCUGCUUUACUAACUAAUGCUGGAUUUUAUUUUACAGGCAUAAAGGACACAGUUCAGUGUUUUGCCUGCUCUGGGUGCCUGGGAAAUUGGGAAGAAGGUGAUGAUCCAUGGAAAGAGCAUGCAAAAUGGUUUCCUGAAUGUGAAUUUCUUCAAAGGGAGAAGUCCGGAGAUGAAAUUAAACAGUAUAUUCAAAGUUAUUGUGGAUUUUUAGGCAUUACGGGGAAGCAUUUUACAGCAUCUGCGAGGAAAUGUUUACCUUCUGACCCAGAGGACCUAGAACCCUUUCUGAACAUCUAUAAGGAUGAAGAGAUUCGGCUGGAAUCCUUCAAAACGUGGCCACAAGAUGCACAUGCUGAUCCAGCAAUUCUGGCUAAAGCAGGUUUCUUCUAUACAGGGAGAAACGAUACUGUACAGUGUUUUUACUGUAGUGGGUAUGUGUACAACUGGGAAGAAACUGAUGAUCCUUGGGAAGAACAUGUGAAAUUUUUCCCUCAUUGUAAGCUAUCAGAUCCAGAAAGAUGGAUAUCAUCGGAAAAUAGCAAAAUGCAACCAGAGGCUGAAUCACAGAAUGAAAAGCAAACAUAUUACAGUGAGAAUUUAAAUGAACUAGAAGCUGUCUGCUCAGCCGUGACCAACAUUGCUCUGGAUGACCACGAAUGGCUGCAAAGAAAGCUCUCAGAGGCUUAUAAUGAUUUCAGUUUCAGGAAAAUGAUUUCUUUUGGGGACCACACUCAUUUUGCUGUUGACUUGAAAUUGCUUUACGGGGAUCUGGCCAUUGUCUCCAAGGACAUCAAUAACCAACCACAGCAGCAGCUGACAUUGCCUGAGAUCCUGGAGAGCUUUUCUUCCAUCACAGUAAUAGAAGGAGAGGCAGGUAGUGGGAAGACUGCAUUGCUUCGGAAAAUAGCAAUUCUUUGGGCCUCUGGAUGUUGUCCCAUACUCAACAGAUUCAAGUUAGUUUUUUAUUUGUCCCUGAAAUCUGGAGAACGCGACCAAAGUUUGGCCGACCUUAUUUGUAGUCAGGUAGUGGGUCUCAGAGGGUCCUUGACUGAAGAUUGCCUGAAGAAUGUAUGUCAAAGUUUAACUAACGAGAUCCUGUUCCUUUUGGAUGAGUUUGACAAAAUGAAUGGGCUUCCCCAAGCAAUCGAAGAUUUGAUUCAAAAGAACUAUUUGAACAAACACUGCUUGGUUGUUGCAGUUCAUCCUCAUCAAGUUAGAGGAAUUCGCCAACAUGCAACCACUCUUCUCAGUAUUUUGGAAUUUCCAUUAAGUAGCACCCUCUAUCUGUUAAAAAAACUAUUUUCCCACAAUAUUCAGCUUUUAGAAGACUUUUUUAUUCAAUUGUCAUUUAAGGAGACCAUUUGUUCCAUAUUGAAGACUCCCCUUUUCUUUGCAGCCCUUGCCUCAUACUGGGCUCAGUAUCCAAAUGGCAAACAAGACACUGGUACUGUCAUUUUAAAAGCCUACAUGCUGUACAGCUUGUUGAAAUAUCCUCAAGAAGCGGAUCGCAUAAAAACUGUGAUAUCUGCUUGUGGUGAAUUAGCUUUACAAGGUCUCUUCAAAUCCCUCUUUAACUUCAGUGAGAAAGACCUGUCUGAAGUUGGGGUUAAUGAGGAGGAAGUUCUCUACUUUGGAUUGCUGACCAAGUUUACUACACAAAGGCUCCACCCACUCUAUAAAUUCUUCCACCUUUCCUUCCAAGAAUUUCUCGCAGGACAAAGAAUGAGUGAGCUCCUGGCUUCAGAUGUUCAAGCAGAUAUAAAAAAAGGCCUGGAAUACUUGCAGCAAAUCGACACAUUCAUGAAAAUUAAAGGGCGCUACCAAUAUAUUUUGAGAUAUGCUUGUAGCAAACCAUCCAAAGCAGUACCCAUAAUAAUAUCCCACCUACUGAAUUUACUCAGUUGCAAGAAGUCAUGUGAAAGCCACUCAGAUAAUACUAUUUAUCUGCAGCAAACUCCAGAAUUUGAAUUAAUGCAAUAUGAGCUUAUCAGCACUGUCUCUACUUUGGCUCCAGAAUGUUAUCACUCAGAAUUCACCAAAACGGUACUAGUAUUUGCUAUUGAGUUAGCUUAUCAAAGCAAUAUGGUUUCCAGUUGUGCACCUAUGAUUUUAGAGCUUCUGAUUGGGAAAGAGAUUUCUUUAGAUUUGUUGACAGAUGGAUUCAUCCGUAAAUUAUGUCUGGAUUAUCCAGAAAGUUUGUUCUUACCAAGUAGAUUUAAGAAAACGCUUUCAGGCAGGUUGGGCAAUACUUCUAUGGAUUCAAUGGAAAGUGUUUUUUUCAACUGGAAGGCUCCAUUGGUCGAACCAAUAUACACUCAUGCUUUUCAACUCUUCAGUAAUGUUAACCAGCAACUAAAAGAAAACACAGAAGCUAUUAAUAGUUUCAAAACCCGUAUACUCAGACAGAUUCCGGAUUCCAUAAUAACUCCAUUUCUCUGUGUGAAAAGCUGUGAGAAGAUUCCAUAUCUGAAAUUUGUUGUCCAUGAUAUGACUUCCCUUGAAGCUCCUGAUAUUCAGAACUUAAAAUUGCUCUUCUCAUUUUUUGAUAAUAUUGAGCUCAAUUUGUACCAUUGCAAUGGCCUCCUUGAGAGUAUCAAGCCGGUUAUCGAAGAGAACUUGAAGUCUUUUAAAAUCUGCAGCUUAAAUGAUAAUGAACUGAAUGAGCUGGAAGAAAACCUGCUUCUUUCAAUGUCUUCACUGGAAUCCCUUGACAUUAAGUGGAGCACUUCAUUACCAGAACUUUCAGAAACUCUCUUUGCAAAUUUGGACAAAUACACAUUUUUGAAGGAACUCUCGUUGGAUCUACCUGGCUGCCAUAAUAUAUUUGAUACAAUCCCAGAGGGGUUCAAAAAUCUUCAAAACAUUGAGAAAUUGAUCCUCUGCAAUAUUCAGUUUAAAACAAGUUCUGCCUGGCUAGUUGAAUUCAUACGGAACUUUCCAAAUCUCUCCGUCUUUCAUUUGAAAAACUCAACUUUUGUUGAUAUGGGGGCUCUUAUGGGUGCAAUGACUUCCUGCAAGAAGCUCACUGAACUUCUACUCAAUGACUUGAAUGCUGGAGAUAAAGCACUGUGUGCCCUUACUGCUGUUUUGCCAAAUUUUACAGAAUUAAAAAUACUGAAUCUCUCAGCAUUAUAUCUGGAAAACAAGGAAGCAAGUACAGCACUGGCAUUAGCUUUACGUUCUCUUAUGAAUUUGGAACAGCUUAUUCUACCUAGUGGAGAAGGAAUAAGACAUGCAGCUAAAUUGAUUGUUCAACAAUGUUUCCAUUUUCCAAAUCUUCGUAAAUUGCAGUUUAAUCUGUAUUUAAGUGAUGAAGGCCUGUUGGAAAUAGCGAAAGUAGCUGCUGAUGGAGGUUUCCAAAAACUUGAAUUUCUGGUCCUCUCAGUCAACCAUAAAAUUACUGAAGAGACUUGGAGGAAUUUCUUUCAAACAUUGUCCAACAUGUCAGCCCUACAAGAGGUGGAUUUCAAUCGCACAGUUACACAUCAAAUCAAAUGCCAAGCAGCAACCGUGAAGUCUUUUGUCCAAUGUGUUUCUCGACUGCCCAACCUCAGGACAAUCGGCAUGAUUGGAUGGUUGUUCGAUGAGAAGGACCUCAACAUGUUUGAGAUUAUGAAACAACAACAUCCCCAAUCAAAGGAUUUAACCUUAAUUUGGAAAUGUAUAUUGCCAUUUGCACCUAUUAUUGAUGAAUAAAGAAGUGGAAUGUAGUUCACUGUACAGUACAGUAAAGAAGUGGAAUGUAGUUCACUGUACAGUAUUAACAUUAUACAUAUUCUCACCAUUUAUUGUCUUGUUUUAAAAUUUACUCCACUGUCCUGCAAUAAUUUCUUUUUCACAACCAGAUUCCCAUUUUUCUGAAAGCACUUCCCCAUCAGUAUUGGUACCACUUCCUGAUUCCAUGACAUAGUUAGCAUGGGCAGCUGAGAUAAUUUAUUUACAGUUCAGCUGUAGCUCAACACAACUUGCAUUUCUGUAUAUUGCUGAAACUUAGUUGAAGGCCAGUUUUCACAUUGGCAGGAAAGCUGAAGUAGUCCAAAUUCUGUCAAGAAGUUCUGAUUUAUAAUCUAUGGAAUAGUGAUCAGCAUGUAGUUGGAGACCACCAUCCCAAGUCUAUCUGGGAAGAAUUACUGCUAUUUUAACCUCUUUUUUCUGUCACAUCUGUCAGCAUUCUUUUCUUCAUGUUUCAGCAUUUUUUUCCUAUUUCAGACAUAUCUAUUUUCAUUUCAGAUAGUAUUUAGCCUGCUUGCAAAAAAAUUUAUUUCUCCUUUGCUGCACUCAACUGGUAGAUAAUUUCUGCUGAUACUUUUAAGAUGUCCAUUUUUGUAAUAAUUUUACAAUUGUUAUUUUAUCUUUUUACAUGUUUUUCUGCUGUUCUUUAAAAAUAUAAUAAGCUUCAGGGAGAAGGUCAUGAUGUUGUUCAAGAUAUAUAAAACUGAGUUCAUAACUUGGACAUGGUUUCUUUCUUUUAGUCUUGGGAUCCUGACCAGAGGAAUUAUCCCGAUGUGUAUUGCUUGCGGGUUUUCUGUCUCUAUUAAGCAGGGAAACCAAAAUAUUACCUUAAUAAAUGUAUCA